AUGGAGCUACCGGGCAGCAGCGCCGGUCACCCAGCGGCCAUCACCACCAGCAGCGCCGGUCACCCGGCGGCCAUCACUACCAGCAGCGUCGCUCACCCAGCGGCCAUCACCACCAGCAGCGCCGGUCACCCGGCGGCCAUCACCACCAGCAGCGCCGGUCACCCGGCGGCCAUCACCACCAGCAGCGCCGGUCACCCGGCGGCCAUCACCACCAGCAGCGCCGGUCACCCGGCGGCCACCACCACCAGCAGCGUCGCUCACCCGGCGGCCAUCACCACCAGCAGCGCCGGUCACCCGGCGGCCAUCACCACCAGCAGCGCCGGUCAC